UUAGACGCCCGGCAUGCAGCAUACUCCAAAUGGUGCUGCUCCCCCGUUGGGGACCGCUACUGGUAUAUAUCCGCCUCUGCACAAAUUUACACCGACAUUUGCAAAUACAGAUGUUUUCAGACGUCUUGACCAUGGAAAUACAUGCAUCUGAUGUGCGAGAUAUUUUCAGCUGUACUCGUUCGCCUCUCCGCUUUCAGACUUAAUGUCGUCUGGAGUUUACAGCGGUCGUUGCAGCCGAUUGUGGUACUGAACUGGCCCGGUGCUCUCAUACUCUUUGCAAAAGGUUGCGUUAUCCUGCAAACCAAGCCAGUUCGACAGGUGCUUUAUGAACCCAUUGACCCAAUUGAUGGAAAGACACAGACUACACACUGGCGAAAUGUCAUCAGUACCAUUCACCUUGUUGAUCUUCACAUUUUCCAGCUGGUACACGUUUAUUCCGAGUCGGGACAAUGGCUUGCUUUGCAGGGUUGAUCCAUUCAAACAGUUGAG